GUUACUAUCUAAUUUCAGCUGCUAACUGGGAAGAAGUUAGCUCAGAGCAAACCAACAUGGAAAUUAGGGUAGCGUUCGUUUUUUGUUUUUUAAUUCAUUCAUCGGUUUCCUUUGCAGGUACCAAUUUUCGACACAUAAGCACCCGAGCCAAAGGCGGCCAUUGUCAUAUAACAUGUAAACCUUCCGAACCAGGUGGUACAACAAAUGGCUCUACACCAACCACAGGUGUGACAUCAUCAGGACCAACAAAAGUUACUGAACCUACAGGUGUGACAUCAUCAGGAUCAACAAAAGUUACUGGACCUACAGGUGUGACAUCAUCAGGACCAACAAAAGAUACUGGACCUACAGGUGUGACAUCAUCAGGACCAACAACAGUUACUAUACCUACAGGUCCUGGAUCUGAAAGUCCAACCCCAUGUUCCGGAGAAGAAACUACGAAAAAUCCAGGUGGAUCAUCACCUGCAAGUGGUUCAUCCACGAGUAGUCCAGGUGGAAAUACCUCUGGAACCACUGAAGGCGACGAAACAACUACAUCGAGUGGUAAUCCUUCUUCUCCUGGCAACGGUACUGGUACUCCUUCAGAAGUAACAACUGGAGGACCUUCUCCUGGUAGUGAUAUAACUGGUAGCACUUCUUCGAAUAACCCCACUGGAAGCUCUUCUCCUGGUGGUGGUACAACUGGUAGUCCAUCUUCGGGUAACUCCACUGAAAGCUCUUCUCCUGGUGAUGAUACAACUGGAAGCACUUCUUCAAGUAACCCCACUGGAAGCUCUUCUCCUGGUGGUGGUACAACUGGUAGUCCUUCUUCGGGUAACUCCACUGGAAGCUCUUCUCCUGGUGAUGAUACAACUGGAAGCACUUCUUCAGAUAACCCCACUGGAAAUUCCUCUCCUGGUAGUGCUACAACUGGAAGUCCUUCAGGUACCCCUACUGGAAGUUCUUCACCUGGAGAUGAUACAACUGAAAGCACUUCUUCAGGUAACCCCACUGGAAGCACUUCUUCAGGUAACCUCACUGGAAGCACUUCUUCAGGUAACCCCACGGGAAGUACUUCUUCAGGUAACCCCACUGGAAGUUCUUCUCCUGGUGACGAUACAUCUGGAAGCACUUCAUCAAGUAACCCCACUGGAAGCUCUUCUCCUGGUGGUGGUACAACUAGUAGUCCUUCUUCGGGUAACUCCACUGAAACCUCUUCUCCUGGUGAUUAUACAACUGGAAGCACUUCUUCAGGUAACCCCACUGGAAGCUCUUCUCCUGAUGGUGCCACAACUGGAAGUCCUUCAGGUACCCCAACUGGAAACUCUUCUGGUGGUGUUACAGAUACUACUCCUUCUAGUGAUACAACCGGUAAUUCAUCUGGCCCGACUAGCACUCCUGGAGGAUUGCCAAAAUGUCCUUAUGCAUGCAUACCCGUGGAUUCAGAAGAACGUCAUCACGGUAGUCACUUCAUUCACCAUGUGAACAAGUACAGUCACGAAGGCAACAUAAAAUAUAUCCCAGAACACGAAAAACACCAUGCUGCUCAUUCAAGAAAUCAUCAAACUCCACAUGAGAAGCAUCACGGACACCAUGGAGUUUCUAAUGAACACGAAAGGCAUCACGAAAUUCACGGAAAUCACGGUAUUCAUAGUCAAGAGACACACCACCACAACUCCCACCCCCAAGAGAAACACCACCACAAUUCUCACCCCCAGGAAAAACACCACCACAACUCUCAUCCCCAAGAGAAACACCAUCAUAACUCUCACCAUGAACAACAUGGGCAAGAGAGACAUCAUAAUGCACAUCCCCACGAGAAACAUCAUGCUACACACAAUGGACAAGAGAUUCAUUAGACAUAUCCAAGGAAAUCGAAUAUGAAUGGAAAUAAUAUACGGAAAUAGCUAAACGAGAACGGACAAUACAAUUUUAAAUUAAGAUUCUGUAAAUAUAUAACUUGUGUACCAUUUAUUUGUAAGAUAUUAUUGAAUAUAGAUAUAUAAGUUGA